CUACGCCCCAAGAAGAAGUGGGAGGCUCGCCCCCCUGAAAGGACUCAUUGUAAAAGAGGGAUGAGAGUGUGCGCGCAGGCUGCGAGUGUGUCCAAGUGUGUGUGAGCGUGUGGACACCCCCUCCUCCUUAACUAGCUGGUCAGCAGUGGAGGGAUUAGGAAAGCCGGACCCGCUCACUCACUCAUUCACUCACUCACUCAGUCACUACUAAGUAACAGAUAGGGUUGCAGUAAUCGUGAAUCAUGCUCGUCGUCAUUACUACCGGCUGGGAGUGGAGCCGAAAUUGUGCAAGAUACGGAUAACUGCAUAGAAAAGGUCCGAGUGAGUAAGAGGAGUCACGUUUCCAGGUUUCUUCCCUUUGCCGUGAAAAUGUUUCAUCAGGGACUCCUCUGCCGCCGCCGCCGCUUGCGCUCGGACCCGUCGCAUUAUGUUACUUCCCUCACAUGUGCUUUAUGUUGAAGAAGAAGAAGAAGAAGAAGUGAUCUGGAUAAACCUGCGAGGAUCCUGCCAGGGCGACUGAGCAAAGCGAAGAGCGUGCGGAUAUUUCCCCUUUUUAUCGCCGUGCAGAGUUUUUUUUGUUUUGUUUUUUUCUCAAGUGGACUAAGAGGGGAAAAAGUUGGGGUUUCUGGUCAAAAGAGGAAUCAUGGGGAACGCAGGGAGCAUGGACCACCACACUGAUCUCAGGGGACACAACAUGCCCCUGAAACUCCCCAUGCCAGACGCAGGUGAACUGGAGGAGAGAUUUGCAAUCGUUUUGAACUCAAUGAAUCUUCCUCCAGACAAAGCGCGGCUCUUGCGGCAGUAUGACAAUGAGAAGAAGUGGGAACUGAUCUGUGAUCAGGAGCGAUUCCAAGUGAAAAACCCGCCUCACACGUACCUCCAAAAGCUGAGGAGUUAUCUAGAUCCAGCGGUCACAAGAAAGGUGGGUACGAGAAUUCCUAAAUGAAGAGAACAAAGGCCUGGAUGUGCUGGUGGACUAUCUUUCUUUCGCACAGUAUGCUGUCACUUUCGAUGGCGAGUGCCUGGAGAACAACCCAGAGGCUGCGAUGGAUAAGUCUAAGCCCUGGAGCCGCUCUAUAGAAGACCUCCAUGGAGGAAGCACCCUACCGUCUCCCAUCACUGGGAACGGUAUCACCCGAGUCGGGCGACAUUCCACGUUACGUUUCAACACAUUGCCCAGCCGGAGAACGCUGAAAAACUCCAGACUGGUCUGCAAAAAAGAUGAUGUCCACGUCUGCAUCAUGUGCCUGCGUGCUAUCAUGAACUACCAGGUCAGCCCCCAAGGCCUCUACAGGGACCAUCCAGUCCACACAGACUGCACGUCGCUCUGAGCGGAUCCACAUUUUGUUAAGCUAAAUUCAGUUUUCUAAGUUGUUUUUAUUAUUACAAGUCCCAUCUUGCUUAUUCU